AUGGUGAGCGCUUCACUAGCUCGCAACAUCAUUGGCAUCAUAGGAAAUGUCAUCUCGUUCGGCUUGUUCUUCUCACCAGCACCAACAUUUGUUAAAAUUAUAAAGCAGAAGUCGGUGGAGGAGUUCAAGCCUGAUCCCUACAUAGCUACGGUGUUGAACUGUGCGCUUUGGGUGUUCUAUGGAAUGCCAUUUGUCCACCCAAACAGUCUUUUAGUGGUGACCAUCAAUGGCGUUGGGCUUGUGUUCGAGUUCGUUUAUCUAGCCAUAUUUUUCACCUAUGCAACCAACAAAGGACGGGUGCAGACUAUUUUCUUUGCUGCCAUUAUGCUGAUAACAACGCUGGUACUGCAUGGCACUACUCGAAGGUCGUUGGUGGUUGGUAUCAUCUGUGAUAUCUUCAAUGUCAUGAUGUAUGUCUCUCCUCUUACAAUCAUGGCUAAGGUUAUCAAAACCAAGAGCGUGAAAUACAUGCCAUUCUGGCUCUCUCUGACCAACUUCCUUAAUGGUGUGUGCUGGACCACAUAUGCUCUUAUCCACCCCUUAGACCUCUAUGUUCUGAUCAGUAACAGUAUUGGAGCCGUCUCUGGACUGGUUCAGCUCAUCCUGUAUGCUUGCUACUGUUGGGGAGGAGAAAACAAUGAUGAUGAUGAUGAUGAGGUCCCUAAGACAACUGGGGUUCCAGUCUCUGAAUGCUGA